AUGGCGUCUAGAUUGUUAUUCAAGAAGCUGUUUAAAUGGCGUCGUUACAUUAUUUUACUCCUUACGCCAUUACUUCUUCUACCAUUGCCUGUAAUCAUUCCUAGUAAGGAGUCAAAAUGUGCCUAUGCUAUCUUGAUCAUGGCUGUAUAUUGGGUCACGGAAGUUGUCCCCCUAGCUGUCACGGCUCUCUUGCCUUUGGUKCUCUUCCCAAUGCUUGGAGUCGUAGGCUCAAAAGAAAUAAGUCCGCCCUACUUCAAAGAUACCACGGCUUUGUUCGUUGGUGGAUUGAUUGUAGCAGUGGCCAUAGAGAACUGUAAUCUGCAYAAAAGGAUUGCUCUAAGAGUUUUACUGCUAGUGGGAUCAAAACCAAGAAGGCUAAUGCUUGGUUUUAUGUCCAUCACUGCUUUUYUAUCCAUGUGGAUUAGCAACACUGCUACAACGGCAAUGAUGGUUCCKAUAGCAGAGGCAGUCCUUCAAGAACUUAAAGCAGAACAUCUGGACAACGUCGAGGGUACACUUAGCGAUGCUGAAAUGGAACUAACUUUGCAAAAUAGUCCAUCAAAUGGUAAUGAAAGUGCUGYAGUUAAAGAUGAAGGAAAAACUUCCGAAAAGGAGACUGAGAACGAUGCAAUGGAAGUUUCAAYUAAGAUUGAAUCACAAGGGAACUUACUGAAUGAGGAAAAGAAUACAGAUGACGAUAAGGAGGAUGAAGACGACAAUCAGUUCUUUACACGCAUGCACAAAGCGCUUGUCUUGUGCAUUGCUUAUGCUGCUAAUGUUGGUGGAACGGCGACUAUAACGGGGACUGGAACUAAUCUCGUAUUUAAUGGACAACAACAAAGUAUAUUCCCAAACAGUCCAAAUAUUGGCUUUGCACAAUGGUUCAGCUAUGCCUUUCCUGAGAUGCUUCUGUUGCUAAUAGUAGCAUGGUUGUGGUUACAAUUUUUCUUUUUGGGAUGCUUCAAAUGCAAGAGCCAAGGCAAGGAAAAAGACAGGAGACAAGCCGAAGCUAUUAAUAGAACAUUACGUAAUCAAUACAAGGCAAUGGGACCUAUGACGUUUGCSGAGAUUGUAGUCCUUUGCCAUUUUGUGAUCUUGGCCCUUCUGUGGUUAUUAAGAGACCCGAAAUUUAUGCCCGGUUGGGCCAUUGCCUUCGAAAAGGGUUAUGCACGAGAUGCCACAGCAGCUUUGUUAAUCGCGUUUUCGUUGUUCAUUUUUCCUUCUGAAAAACCAAAGAUAUUYUGUUGGAAUCCUGACGGAAAAGUAACGAAGCCCCCACCGCCAGUUCUGACAUGGAAAGUUGCUGCCCAAAAGAUGCCUUGGAACGUAGUUUUUCUGUUGGGUGGUGGAUUUGCUCUUGCUGAAGCUGCGAAGAAAUCUGGUUUAUCGUUAUGGCUUGGUUAUCAAUUGAGAAUUCUUGCUUCGAUUCCUGACUUCGGCAUAGUCUUGAUUGUAUCCUUGAUGACGUGCGCAUUUACUGAAGUGACGUCCAACGUUGCAACGGCAACUAUAUUUUUACCGAUUCUUGGCACAGUGGCCCAAUCAAUCGGUGUGCAUCCUUGGUAUUUCAUGAUUCCUGCCACAAUUUCAUGUUCCUUCGCUUUCAUGCUUCCUGUUGCUACSCCACCUAACGCCAUCGUGUUCUCGUACGGAUAUCUUAAAGUUAAGGAUAUGGCAAAAGCUGGACUAGGAAUGAACAUCUUUGGWAUCGUGGUACUUAUGAUUUGUAUCCACUUGUAUGGUACUUUGAUAUUUGGCCUGGAUACUAUUCCUGAAUGGUCUGCGCUACCAUCUAAACAAGCUUUGAACUAUACAAUAGUCUGUAAAAAUGUCACCGUCUCAUGAUUCGUGUACAGCUGGGCCGUAUUGUUUAAGGCUUCGACCUGUGGAGAUAACCAACCGCAGGAUUCACGCUGAUCGAUCGAGUUUUGAUCAAACCGGUCCUGCUAAAUUAAUGUGUAAAUUGAAGGGCAACUAUAUAUCUCUCUUUUUCAGUAGUACUUUAUUUUUAUUUUAUAGUAUAGUUAUACAUUAUUGCAAUUUUAUACCUUUUACUUCAUUAUAUAAAGGCUUGCAUGCAGACAUAAGAGUAGAAAACUUAUUUUAUUAAAAAUUUCAACCAGA